GUUAAUACUGACAAUGUACUUGAUAAGUUUCACUCGAAUUUUCGAGUACAAUUUGACGCCGCCGCCGCCGACGAUGAUGAUGAUGAUGAUGAUGAUGAUGAUGAUGAUGAUGAUGAUGAUGAUGAUGAUGAUGAUGAUGAUGAUCGUCAAGGUUAA